UGUUUUGCAAUCUAUUUAUGAUCUUUUCAUUAGAGCGUUCCCUGCCUGAUAGGGUGUACACAGAGAAAGUGAUUCAGGGGUUUUACAAUUACAUUGUGAGGUGAUCUACUAAUGCCAGUCUUGCAUGAGAGCUCUCCACAGCGACAGGAUGCCAUUAUGAACAUACCAUAUUUCUUUGGAUUAUGUGUUUUUUGGUUGUAUGGGCCGCUGGUCUCAGGUGCGUGCAAUGUCACGCUCCAUGCACAGAGGGAACCGCUGAAUUUCACAUCGCCUAACUACCCAGGCAACUACGGAAACCAUGAAAACUGUUAUUGGGACAUCUACCCUGAAACAAGCGGCUACAGGGUUGUGCUCGAAAUGGUGUUUUCCAACAUCCAAUACUACUUCACCUGUAACCAUGACGUUCUUACCAUAGACGUCAUAAAUAAUGGUGAUCAAAGUAAAGCCUCUUCGCGUAAAAUCUGUGGCGAAAGCAGAUGGAAUAUUCUCAUCGAAGACGACCAACAUAUCCAUGCAGUGUUCACGACUGAUGCCAGUGGAACCAGGAGUGGUUUUCUCAUUAGAUACUAUGAGAAAAAUGGUACCGAAACGUGCGGUGUACCUCUCGUAGCAACUUCUGUCGGCAAGACAUUUACCUCGCCUGGAUACCCAAACACCUACUUCCAGAGGCAGACAUGUACCUGGACUAUUACAGCAGAACAUCAAAACCAAACCAUUCAAUUGUACACCAUGGACUCGGUACUUCAGAACGUCUCAUCUCGUGGAACUUGCAACAAUGAUUAUGUCACUGUAUACAACGGUCAAUACGGUUCCUACCAGCUCGGCACCUUCUGUGGCAACGAAAGACCUGUUUUUAACAGUGGUGGGAACGCCUUGAGUGUUCGUCUACGAACUGAUUCCUCGCAAGUCUACAAAGGAUUCAAAAUGCUAUACAAAGCUAUACCGGCAACAACGUGCAGCGUCACGCUUUCCGCAGGUUACAGUCCAAUGGUGAUUGUCUCCCCUGGCUAUCCAAGCAACUACGUAAAUGGAUUGGACUGUCAGUGGACUCUAAAUGCACCGAUAGGAAGCAAUAUAACGGUGAAAGUUUUGUUUCUUGAUUUGGAAAAGGUGGCAUCGUGCGUGGAUGAUUAUCUACUGUUUAAAGAUGGUUCAGCAAACGAUGCUCGCCAACUGGCAAAGAUUUGUGAUAGUAGGUCUACUCCCAUCGUCAGCUCCAGUAACCACAUGACCAUCAUGUUUCACUCAGACCAUGCUGUCACAGGAGGAGGUUUUCGUUUGCAGUACUCAUCUGCUUUCGACUGUGGAUUAUCAGAUCUCUCCGCAUCUUCUGUCACGUGGAAGUACUUGACUUCUCCUGGCUAUCCUUCGAACUAUUACAACAAUGUACACUGCGAGUGGAAAAUUAGAGCACCGUAUGGAUAUGAAAUUAAAGUUGAAAUUAUAUAUUUGUCGUUGGAAUAUUCCUCAUCUUGUUCGAGGGACUAUCUUGUCUUCAAGGACGGUUCAUCAUCUUGGUCACCUCAGUUGGGUAAAUAUUGCGGUGUUUACUACAGCAAACAGCUUGUCAGUUCCAUCAACUACAUCACCAUCGCCUUCCACACCGAUGGCUCUACCACGCGACAAGGUUAUAAUCUGAAGUACAAAGCUGGAAUAUUCCCAUCAACAACAACAACAACCACAGAGAGACCGCAUGUUUCUAAUUGCGGUAGUUCAUUGCUCAGCGCCAGCAAAUACUCCUGGAGGUCUUUGUCAUCCCCUGGGUACCCAUACUACAACUACAAUAACAAUAUGUACUGCGAGUGGACAAUCUCUGCACCUGCUGGAUAUAAAGUAAAGGUUGAAGUUCAGACUAUUUCUAUGGAACACGAUCCAUCCUGUUCUAAAGACUACGUGCUCUUCAGAGAUGGUUCCUCAUCUUACGCCACUCGGUUGGGUAAAUACUGUAGUGACGUCACCGGCUACAUCGUCAGUUCCCGCAACUCCAUGACCAUCACGUUCCGCACUGACAGUUCUAUCACAGACAAAGGAUUUUCUCUGAAAUACACUGCGCAGACGACAGUGUGUGGCGAAGAUGAUACGAUAAGCUAUGAGACAAAAUAUAUUGAAUCACCGAAUUAUCCUCUGUCCUAUCCCGACAAUGCGGACUGUGAGUGGACAAUCAGCACUUCCAUUGACGGAUAUGUAAUCCAUGUGGACGUGGUGUAUUUCAACAUUGAGCAAGACAGCAGCUGUUCCUAUGAUUAUGUACAGCUCUAUGAUGUCACGAGUUAUGAAAGCUCGAUCGGUCGAUGGUGUGGGAGAGAUGGACCAAAUACACAGACUACAGGACAGACAAUGAAGGUUAAAUUCCACUCCGAUGGUUCGACUUCCCGUUCCGGAUUUAAAUUGUCCUUUACUGCCGGCGAACCAACAUAUGAUUCUGCUGCACCAACGAACAUCGGAGCCAUACUGGGAGGUGUAUUUGGCGGGAUCACAGCUGUGGGUAUUGCAACCUGCUGCUGCUGUGGACUUUGUUUCAGAAAGAAAUCCAUUCCCAACGUCCAACAGCAGAGAAACAGACCACGUGAAGGCACCGUCUCCUUCAUCAACGUCCCCAGCUACCCACAAACCCCGCCUACUGCUCCUGCUGUUCUGCCGUUCAUGUCUCCACCACCUCCUUCUUACAAUGAUGUCGUGAAGGAUGAUCCCCCACCGUACUUUCAGGCAGUUCCACUAUCAGACAUACAGCCGGUUGUCACGUCAUACAGUAGCGGUGCAUCUGAGCAUCAAGGGAUAGAUAACCCAGCAGGACCCAGCUGAGUGGCAGUUUCACAUGACGUGCAUGUUUGUUUAACUGGAGAAAACAGAACAAGACACAUUCGUGUAUACUUCAUGCAGUGUCCUCAUCCAUAUACUUUUUUGCAAGGGGUAUCGUUUCGUACCAUGGUUUUGGAUGAUUAUUUAAUAUUCAAAAUAUCUAUUACAGCCAAUUCUAAAAAUGUUGAUUGACUUGACGGAUUAGCAUAUAAGCAUAUUAAUGGUGUUAUACAAUAUGUCUAUAGGAUGUUUUCGUGGUGUAAUGUACACAGCGGUUGAAUUUUUAACAAUGUUUUUAAUCAUGUAAAUUAUUUUUACACAUACAUGUACGAUAUUGAACGGAUGUCGCCAUUUGGUGACAUAUCUUUCACCGACUCAAUAAAGAUUGUCCCAAACAAUGUGAUAAUGGUGAAUGGAUACUGCACAAUCCACACAAUCUCCCCAAGGAAAGACACCUUAGAAUAUUCCCUUGAAUCUCGUUUGGUAUAUUUUGAUAUUUUGUUAUUGUUUUUUGUAAUAAAAAUAUUUGGUAUUUCAAAUGA